GAUUUCUUUAAAUUAAUCAUCGUAUUCAAAAGGUGAUUUUUUUUAAUUCCCCGUCCUCCAACUCCCCCAUGGGUCAGGGACGUGUCUUUCGAAAUUCCACUCAUCACCAUUUUCAUCACUGCAAAAACACCACUCUCUCUCUCUCUCUCUCUCACACACAAUUUUCUUCAUAUCUCCUCUACAAAGCUUUGGAUUUCUCCAUUUUCACCCAGCAACAGUUGAAAUUUGUAGCAUGUUGUGUGAAUAUACGGCAUGUUUCUUUCGGACACAAAACAUUCUGAAAAACUAAUGAUGUCGUGAUCUGAUUGGACCCACAACAUCCCAAUUUCUCAUCUUAUCCGUGUGCCAUGGCAAUAAAAGGGAAUACAUCAGACAAUAAAACUAGGAGCUCUAUGUCAAUCUUUGUUGUAGUUGGUUUAUGCUGUUUUUUCUAUAUAUUGGGUGUGUGGCAGCGAAGUGGCUUUGGGAAGGGAGACAGUAUAGCCUUGGAGAUCACCAAAAUGACAGAUUGCAGUAUUAUCUCAAACUUGAAUUAUGAGACUCAUCGUGAUAGUGAAGCUGGGAUACCCGAUGAUUCCAAUUCAGAAGUUGAGCCUUUUCAGCCAUGCGCUGAUCAUUACAUUGAUUACACUCCUUGUCAUGAUCAAGUGAGAGCAAUGACAUUCCCGCGAGAAAAUAUGAUUUACAGGGAAAGACAUUGUCCUCCAGAAGGAGAGAGGCUGCAUUGCCUUGUUCCUGCUCCUAUAGGAUAUGUGACCCCAUUUUCAUGGCCCAAGAGCCGAGAUUAUGUGCCCUAUGCAAAUGCACCAUAUAAAAGCUUGACGGUUGAGAAGGCAGUGCAGAACUGGAUUCAGUAUGAGGGCAAUGUGUUUAGAUUCCCUGGAGGGGGGACACAGUUUCCUCAUGGGGCAGAUGCUUAUAUUGAUCAACUUGCUUCUGUAAUUCCAAUUCAGAAUGGGAUGGUUAGAACUGCAUUGGACACUGGUUGUGGGGUUGCGAGUUGGGGUGCAUACCUCCUUAAACGAAAUGUUAUAGCCAUGUCAUUUGCACCCAGAGACUCACAUGAAGCACAAGUUCAAUUUGCUUUGGAAAGAGGUGUGCCAGCAGUUAUCGGCGUUCUUGGAACUAUAAAGCUGCCAUAUCCUGCUAGAGCUUUUGACAUGGCUCACUGUUCGCGUUGUUUGAUUCCAUGGGGUGCAAAUGGUGGAAUGUACAUGAUGGAAGUUGAUCGAGUUCUUAGGCCUGGAGGAUACUGGGUUCUUUCUGGUCCUCCCAUCAACUGGAAGAAUAAUUACCAAGCAUGGGAGCGUCCUAAAGAGGAACUUCAGGAGGAGCAGAGGAAAAUUGAAGAGAUUGCAGAACUUCUUUGCUGGGAAAAGAAGCAAGAGAUGGGUGAAAUUGCUAUUUGGCAGAAAAGAGUAAAUUAUGAUUAUUGCCGCAAGCAAUAUUCUCAUGAUUCUAAAUGUGAAUCUACAUAUGCAGAUGAUGUUUGGUAUAAAAAGAUGAAGGCGUGUGUGACCCCGUAUCCUGAGACUACUAAACCAGAUGAAGUUUCUGGUGCAGCUUGGAAGCCAUUUGAAGAGAGACUUAAUGCUGUUCCUCAUAGGAUAUCGAGUGGAUCCAUUGCUGGGGUUUCUACUAUGACAUACCACAAGGACAACAAAUUAUGGGAGAAGCAUGUAAAGGCAUAUAAGAGGAUUAACAAGAUUAUUGACUCAGGCAGGUAUCGCAAUAUCAUGGAUAUGAAUGCUGGUCUCGGAAGUUUUGCAGCGGUACUCGACUCUCCCAAAUUGUGGGUUAUGAAUGUAAUGCCCACAAUAGCUGAGAAAGACACUUUAGGUGUUAUAUAUGAGCGAGGGUUGAUUGGCAUAUAUCAUGAUUGGUGUGAAGCCUUCUCAACCUACCCCAGGACAUACGAUUUUAUUCAUGCAAAUGGUGUUUUCAGCUUGUACAGGGACAAAUGUAGUGCGGAAAGCAUUCUUCUGGAGAUGGAUCGUAUCUUACGGCCUGAAGGAGCAGUCAUCUUCCGCGACCAAGUGGGUGUGCUAGUCAAAGUGAAGAAACUUGCAAAUGGAAUAAGGUGGAACACAACAAUAGUGGAUAAUGAGGACGGCCCUCUUGUAUCAGAAAAGAUACUGUUUGCUGUCAAACAAUAUUGGGUUGCAGGUGAAAAUAGCUCUGCAUCAUCACGGAAGAGGAUAACAGGAAAGGGAAAAUUUAGGUAGGAAGCGAAGUAGUUCUUCACACCCAGAUAAUACUUGUAUUUGAUCCAGGAGCAUCUAAACAAAGGUGCAGGCAGGAGUAAUUAUUAAGUGUUCCUGUUUGCCUGUGGUAAACUGGUAGCUACAGCUAGAUGAUGCUGAUUUUCUCUCAGAGGUCUAGAGAGUUCAAGGUCUUCCGUUUUAUUUGUUAUUCUUACAUUUAUUCUUCUUACUCUGUCUCAUCCUGAACUUCAGGCCCAUGUCAAAGUGGGUUGCAAUUUUGGUGAUAAUAUGCCCUGCCAUGAUCAUAAGAA